AUGGCACUUCGACAUGAACUCGUACGACAGCAUCCGGGACUUUGCGCACCGUGCCUCGACAACCCUGGACCGUCUGGACGUGGCGAUGCUCAAUGCCGGCAUCUACAUGGUCAACUACCAAGAGUCCAGCUACGGGUGGGAACAGACCUGAAGGUCGUCCGGGCCUUGGCCAAUGCUUUCUUACUACGAACGACCGAAGAAGGGUCCCGAUCGCUGGUUAGUGGCACGACCUUUGGCGAGCAGUCGUAUGGAAGACUUUGGGCGGACGAUGAACUGAUACCGGCGGCGUCGGUGCUAUUGGGCAAAGAAGGAUAUGAGUUUAGGCAAAAGGAACUGCAUGUAUAUAUAAGUGCUCACAGGCAAAAUCAAAAACAUUAG